UUGAAACGAACUGACAUUUCAGCUUCUGUAUUUUAUUUAAUUGCAUUUUAUUUUUCGACAUUAAUUGUGCAGCAUUUAAACAAGCAACAUGGCCAGGAACUUAGAAGCCACCAACAGAUUUAGCAGACAACUGGAAAAUGAAGGUGCACGUUCUGGCAAAGCCUUCUUGACCCCUAAAAAAAUCACAGGGGCUUUAUCUGAGGUGCAGAAUACACUCAAUAAGAAGUUUACACCCUUGAAACCAAAUCUGCUGAACAGCCCUAAAGUACCACUAACAAAGGUCAUAAAAACAGAACCUAAGGAAACCCUGUCACCUGUUUAUGAUGAAGUCUACCAUGAAGUACCCUUUAUAGAUGAUUACAUCGACUUGUACCCUGGCGGUCUCGCAAAGUUAACAGAAAAGCUGGUGGAAAGUCUUGAUUAUCGACCACCUACACCAGAACCAGAAUGUGGUGACGAUUCAGGUUUUGAUUUUGUUGACGAUUUGCCUGUGGAUGAUUUACCUGGUGCCUUUGAUGAUUUAGAUGAUCAUCCUGAUUUCGAGCCGAUGUAUAUUGGAGAUUUUAGUUUUUAAGUGCUUUUAUUGAAAUGUUUUAUUUUUAUUUUUAAUAUAAAACUAUGUGUACUUUGAAAAUGUUUUAUAUAUAAGUUAUUUUAAUAUAUUGUGUAAAAUCUGUAAAACGUAAUA